AUGUCUUUCUUCAAACCUCAAGCACAGACGCCCAAGGCGCCACCGAAGCAUGCCGUGGAUCCUGAACUGCAACCUUGGGUAGAAAAAUAUCGACCUAAAACUAUCGACGAUGUCUCUGCUCAGGAGCACACAGUUGCCGUUCUCAAAAAGACGCUGACAUCGACAAAUUUGCCCCAUAUGUUGUUCUAUGGACCCCCAGGGACAGGCAAGACGUCUACCAUCCUCGCCCUUGCCCGACAGCUCUUCGGACCAGAAAAUUUCCGCAAUCGUGUCCUCGAGUUAAACGCGUCCGAUGAACGUGGCAUUUCAAUUGUCCGUGAAAAGAUCAAGAACUUUGCACGUCAAACCCCUCGCGCCCAAACUGUCUCCUCAGACGGCAAGGAAUAUCCAUGUCCUCCUUACAAAAUUAUCAUUCUCGACGAAGCCGAUUCAAUGACUCAGGAUGCCCAAGGUGCCCUUCGUCGUAUCAUGGAAAGCUACGCACGUAUCACGCGGUUCUGUCUCGUCUGUAACUAUGUCACCAGAAUUAUUGAGCCGCUCGCCUCGCGUUGUUCCAAGUUUCGCUUCACGUCCUUGGAUAAUCAAUCAUCAUCUAGUCGACUAAUGCACAUUGCUACUGCAGAGCACAUCGCAGUAGAUCCCUUGGUAGUCGAAACCUUGAUCAGUGCUUCCUCCGGCGAUCUUCGACGCGCCAUCACCUACCUCCAGUCAGCUUCACGUUUGUCUUCGUCGACAAGCCCUCCGACUCCAAUAACGCCCCGCGACGUCCAAGAAAUUGCAGGCGUUGUUCCUGAUGAUAUCAUCAAUGAUUUUGCCAGUGUCUUGGGCAUCGACACGGAUCAGGCAAUGAGCGAUACCACCCCCAAGCCUGGCUUCAAAGGAAUAAGAUCGGCGGUGAAGGAGAUCAUUCGAGAAGGAUACUCUGCAUCUCAAGUAUUGUCUCAGCUACAUGAUAUCGUGGUGCUACAUCCGACCUUGAAUGCAAAGCAAAAAUCGCAGUGUGGUCUCAUUUUCGCUGAAGCAGAUAAGGCUCUUUGUGAUGGAGCAGACGAGGAACUAUGGAUACUAGAAGUUGGCUUACAUGUCAGUAAAGCCGUCUCUUAG